GACCUCCAAAGUUCGUGUGGCCUUCAGAUUAGUACAUCAGUGCAUAGAGAGCUUCAUGGAGUGCAGGGGUGGACUGACCAUUUGGAAACUCGGGCACUGCCCGAGGGCCCGGGGUCAGUAGGGGGCCCCAUGAGAUGCCCCUGGUACCUUUUUCAUAGGCUUUUUUUAGUCUGGGCAAGGACACAGAGGCCCCAUGAUCCCCUAUGGAGGGCCCGGGGUCAGUAGGGGGCCCUAUGAGAUGCCCCUGGUACCAUUUUGAUAGGCUUUUUUGAGUUUGGGCAAGGACACAGCGGCCCCAU